UCAUAAAUACCAAUUGACCGAAAAUUGAAAAAAUAAAAACCACUUCAGCUCUGGAGUUCGAGUUCUAGCCCCUAAUCUCCUACCUCCUUUUGCCUCUCUUUGUACUCAAAUUGCUUCCGAAUUAGUCUUAAAUCUUCGUCUCCUUAGAAAUUAAGGGAUGGCCGGCCAAUCUGACCCUAACCUCUCUAUCUUUUCCGCAGAAGAGGUUGAGUUUAUGGCUGAGGAUGAGUUGGUGGAGAUUGUGCCCAACAUGAGAAUGGAUAAACUCACUCUAAUCUGUGGAGAUUAUGGUCCAUUCUUCCCUCAAAUGCCUGCCCAAGUGCCGCUGUGGCUGGCAAUUGCGUUGAAGAAGAGGGGGAAAUGUACAAUUCGACUCCCGGAUUGGAUGUCAGUCGAAAACUUGAGCCAAACUUUGGAAGCGGAGCGUGACUCUCAGGAAUCCUUUCAAGUCCUACCUUUCCAUUAUGUCGAAAUUUCAAGGCUUCUUUUUGAUCAUGCACGCGGUGACAUUCCUGAUGUAUAUACGGUGAGGUCUCUUAUUGAAGACAUUAGGGAUGUAAGGUUUCAUAAGGUCGAGACUAGCUUAGAAUCAUUUGAGGAUGCUCGCUCUUCCGCAGUGAAGGUUAAAAAUCUGUCUGCAAUGGAAGUGAAUUUAGUUCGUCCAUUUGUUGGGAGAGCCUUACAGGCAUUUUAUAAGCAUGGCAGUCCAGAGCUGGUUCCAAAUCCAGAGAGAAUGCCUCCCAGACGGCCACAAGCAACUGAUAACGUCCAAAGACGCCCUCUGCGGAAACGGUAGAGCUUUCAUGGUGUCAACAGGAUGGACGUUUGGAUAUUCCUUGGUGGCCCAAGUAGAUUGAGCCAGAACAUGCCUCAUGUUCCCUCUGUCUCCACUCUUUAUCAAAGAGGUAUUAAAAUAGUCUUUCUGCCACAUGCAUUUGGUUUGUCAAGUUUUGGGUGUUCAUUGUUAGGCCAACAUACAACCCAUAAACAGAGGGGGACUGAUGCUGCAUAUGCCUAACCCUCAAGAAACCUCCUUCCCUCCCAGAAAACUCUGACCCUGUCUGGCAGUGCUUCUACGCGAUAGCUCUUCUGCUCGAAGCACUUCUAUUGAAGGCCACAUGAGCUUUUGCGGAAAACAACGUGCUUCUUGAAAUGCACUUGGAAGCACUUACUAAGGAAGUUAUUUUUGGGCCAAAAAGCACUUUCAAUUGUUUCUGCCAACCAAAAGGGCUUUUGGGUAGUCAGAAACCCUUUUAACCUAAUCCUGGAUGCGGUUCAUGGGUUUGGCUAUAUGAUGGAAAGAAA